GAAAGAAGUCAGUCUGUCCCCAGAUGCUCUCUGGGCCAGGGCGGGUGUCCAGCUUGCUGGGCGGAGACUCCCCUGCCUGCCUCCAACUAGUGCUGAGUGGGGGGAGGGCUGUGCCACCCUGGCCCGGGAUGUGUGCUGCACCUGUCAAGUACUGGGAGUUGGGCCUCUUGAAUGUUCACCUGUUCUUGAUAGUUUUUGAUGAAAACCAAGGCUCUUUACUGCUGGGACCUCUUGGUUGUGGAGCUUUUAGAAAAUGAGUAACAUUUCCACUCCAAAGAUGCUGUUUUACAGCUUCUCCAGCUCGCUCCUGGGCGGCUCCAUGCUGUCUCCUAAAGGAAAAGUUCACAUGGGCCCAGAUCCCUUGGGCACUGUGUGGGCUCCUGGAACACAGGCUAAGCUGGCCCCUGUGCACAGCUCAGAUGCUGACCCCAAAGCCCUGGCUUUGCAGGUGCACCUCAGACAGGGGACACUCCAAAAUGUUCUCACAUGGCUUUUCAGCCAGAGCUGUCUGCUUCCUCUGGCAGAGGGGACAUCUAGCCCUGCUGCAUGGUCAGGCACAGUGUGUUUCUGUGGAGCAAGCUCUAGGACCUUCCUCCGUGUUCCCUUCUCUUCCAACACCGUGUCUGCUAGUGUGUGAGCUUCUAGGCAAGAUGCGUGAGGUGCACGUGGCACAGAUGUGUGGGUACAACCCUUGGAGGAUUCACUCUCUAGUGGGGCCGGGCAGUAGCACCAAACCAGCACCUGCCACCCACCUCAACAGAGGUGGACGCCGUGGUGAUGCUGCAGAAGGGCUUUUCUCAGGAGGUGGCAUUCAUGUGGGGACCCAAGGAUUUCCCCUUUGUGAAAGCGUGUGUGGAAAACCACGGCGGAGGGAGAGAAGGCAGCUCGUCACAAAACGCUGCUGCAGUCACCCUUGCGGCCUGGAGCAGGAGGAGAUAGCGGCUUGGGCCCACAGGCCACAGCACAUGGGCUGACCACUGCGGGGGUUCAGGCAAGUGCAGCCUGACCCUGCCGCUGAGGAGAGGCCCUGGGAAGCAGAGGGGGUGAGGCUGUGUUCUUUCAGGGUGGCGGGACACCUUGGCUCCGUGAUCUUUGGGUGCGCGAUGACGUGCUGUGGUCCUGUGAUGCUGGAAGCUCAGAGCUUUCUGGAGGAGGAAGAGUGGGAGGGCUGGUCUGGGAGCUGGGCCUUUCUCUGGGAUCUCAGAUGUCCCUCAUUCUCUCUGGGUCUCAGUUCUCCUUUCUGCUAAGCUUUGGGCUCAGGCCUGAUGACCCUGAGUGCCUGCGAACGUGGCCUGAUGACCCCAGGUGCCUGUGAAUGUGCUGUGUUUGGGUGGCGCCCCAUUCAGGCCUGAUGACCCCGGGUGCCUGCGAACGUGCUGUGUUCGGGUGGCGCCCCCUUGAGUGCACCUUUUUGUUGGGCCCACUCCCCAGUUCUGGGUCGGGGCUGGGGAGUGACAUCAGCUCACACCGGCUAGGCGGGCAGCACUUUGGGUUGGUCCUGCGUGCGUGGCCUGGGUGGGUUACAAGUGUGGCCCCCACAGAGGGCAGCCCCGCCCGGCCUUGUCUGAAGCUCAUCCAGUGGGAACCUCCUGGUUUCUUAAGUGAAGCCAGCAGUUGGAAGCUGAUGGAAGAGUUCCCUUUACAGGUCACAUGUGUGCCUGAGUGUUUUUGUGUGCUGGGUCUGGCCUGCAGCCUGAUGUUCUGUGACCCACGCGACACUGGUGCUGCUGCCCACCAUCCCCUCUUAGUGCCAGGGCUCCCAGCCGUGAUGAGGAGUUACAUGCAGUCACUGGAUGUCUGGUGUGGUUUUCGUCCCUGUGGGGCUCCCUCAUGGUCUAGUGGAGCCCCGCAGCCUCCUGGGAAGUCUGUGCCCAUCUUCCUUCCUGCCGUUCCUCUUUGAUGGCCACCCCGGCCCGCCCAGGGCAGGAAGUUUCUGUUCUUCUCUGCUCUGCUUUGCAGGUGGAGAGCCUCUGGCACUUUCUGGCCUGCACCAGCCUCACCCCGACCCUGCUGUGCUCGUGGGCCUGCUCUGUGUUAGCAAGAAGGAGCGGGACGGUAUGCGGGCCAUCCUGGGGUCCUACGACAGCGAGCUGACCCCGGCCGAGUACUCGCCCCAGCUGACGCGGCGCAUGCGGGAGGCUGAGGAUAUGGUGCAGAAGGUGCACAGCCACAGCGCCGAGAUGGAGGCUCAGCUGUCACAGGCCCUGGAGGAGCUGGGAGGCCAGAAGCAAAGAGCAGACAUGCUGGAGAUGGAGCUGAAGAUGCUAAAGUCUCAGUCCAGCUCUGCCGAACAGAGCUUCCUGUUCUCCAGGGAGGAGGUGGACACGCUCAGGUUGAAGGUCGAGGAGCUGGAGGGCGAGCGGAGUCGGCUGGAGGAGGAAAAGAGGAUGCUGGAGGCACAGCUGGAGCGGCGUGUGCUGCAGGGUGACUAUGAUCAGAGCAGGACCAAAGUGCUGCACAUGAGCCUGAACCCCACCAGUGUGGCCAGGCAGCGCCUGCGCGAGGACCACAGCCAGUUGCAGGCGGAGUGCGAGCGACUGCGCGGGCUCCUGCGCGCCAUGGAGAGAGGAGGCACCGUCCUAGCCGACCUUGAGGCUGCCGCCGCAAGUCUGCCAUCGUCCAAGGAGGUGGCAGAGCUGAAGAAGCAGGUGGAGAGCGCCGAGCUGAAGAACCAGCGGCUCAAGGAGGUUUUCCAGACCAAGAUUCAGGAGUUCCGCAAGGCCUGCUACACACUCACCGGCUACCAGAUCGACAUCACCACAGAGAACCAGUACCGGCUGACCUCACUGUACGCCGAGCACCCGGGCGAUUGCCUCAUCUUCAAGGCCACCAGCCCCUCGGGCUCCAAGAUGCAGCUACUGGAGACGGAGUUCUCGCACACGGUGGGCGAGCUCAUCGAGGUGCACCUGCGGCGCCAGGACAGCAUCCCCGCCUUCCUCAGCUCGCUCACCCUCGAGCUCUUCAGCCGCCAGACCGUGGCCUAGCCUGCAGCCUCGGGGCAUAGCCGGAGCCACGCUGCUUGGCCUGACCUGCAGGUCCCCUGCCCUGCCAGCCGCAGGCUGGGUGCACGUCCUGCCUCUCCAGCCCCACAGGGCAGCGGCAUGACUGAGACACACUGGGACCUAUGUCCGGCUUCCUGCUGGGGCAACCAGCACCCUCCCCACGUGCAGACCCCAUGCGGCCCGGAGCCUGGUGUGUGGGUGUCGGCCACCAGCCCGGGUUCCUACAGCCCAGGUUCCUCACCUUGUGAAAUAAAGUCUUCUCCCCCAGACA